AUGAUAUUAAAAGUGUUGUUGUUGAUAUUAGUUUCUUCAAAAUGCGUACCGUCAGAAGUGUUCACGAUUGGGGGAAUCUUCUAUUCAGAUUCUGAUGACUUGAAAGUGGCACUAACGGUUAGUUCUAAAAUGUAUGACUUCAAUGUGUCAAUAAAGGAAUUUUCGAGAAAUGGCGAAAUUCUGCAACUUAAUCAUCUCGUAUGUGAACUUGCAGAAGAGGGGGUGAUUGGUAUCGUAGAUGGAACAGGGGGUCAAUCAACAGAGUUCAUUCAAGCCCUUUGCGAUAUAUUGGAACUGCCACAUGUCACAAUAAAACACGGCGAUAUGAACGAUAAAGCAUACAUACUAAAUUUACACCCAAGUUCCAUAGCUUAUAACAUGUUGAUGGAAAAAUUAGUGGCACGAAAAGAUUGGGAAGAAUUCACUAUACUGUACCUAAAAGGUUACAGCCUGAUCCGUGUUAGCAGCUUAUUAGAAAUGAAUACUCAUGACGAUAAAUACAUUAUAACAGUAAGAGAACUUAGUGGUAAUGAUUACAGGGAUGUACUUAUUAGUGCAAAAGAAAGUGGAUACACUAACUUUGUAGUGGACUGUCCUAAAGCUAAUUUAGAGUUAGUCCUACAACACGCGCAAGAAGUCGGCUUGAUGGCUGAUGAACAUUCGUAUAUAUUUGUUACGACAGACUUAUUCACUUUAGAUUUGGAUAGAUACAGAUACGGAGGAGUUAAUAUGACUGGUUUACGAUUAGCUAAUUUGGAACAGAACGACGUACUAUGGAAUUUUACCGAACAUUUUAAUCGGGAAUCCGGUUUAACCCUUGAAUCGGAUCAACUUUCAAGUGAAAUAUUAUUAAUACACGAUGCCGUAAUGAUAUUUUCUAAAGCCACACAGAAGAUGAAAUACGGGUUGAAAAAACCUGAGGAGUUAAGUUGCGAGAAUUAUACCUCGUGGACUCACGGGUCAUCAUUGUUAAAUUUUAUGAAAACAGAUAAAGUGGAAGGUAUUACGCGAACACUGACAUUCGAUGGAUAUGGAGAUAGAAAUAAUGUUAUAUUUGAUGUACUUGAACUCACACCUGCCGGAAACCAAACGAUUGGUACGUGGAACAAUAAUAACCUGACAAUUUCAAGACCGUUCUUAGUUUCAACAGAAAUAGUUGAGGAGACUAUCAUGAAAAAUAGAACGUUUAAAGUGUUAAUUACCAGGACUCCUCCAUAUGGAUAUGUCAAAGAGUCUUCUGACCAGUUGGAAGGGAAUGAUCGUUACGAGGGUUUCACGAUAGACUUAAUUGAAAAAUUAUCCGAGAUUCUAGGUUUUGGUUACGAAUUUGAAGUAGAAGAUGAGUAUGGUUCAAGAGAUCCAGUCACACACAAAUGGAAUGGAAUGGCUCUCCAACUCAUGGAAGAUAAAGCAGAUUUUGCCAUUUGCGAUUUUACAAUUACUUCUGUCAGACAAAGUGCGAUAGACUUUUCAACACCAUUCAUGACUCUCGGAAUUGGAAUUUUAUACAAAACUCCCAGCAAGCAACCGCCUGAAAUGUUCUCAUUUAUGGCUGUAUUCUCGAAAGAAGUUUGGUACUAUAUGGUAUUAGUACAACUUGGGCUUGGAGUAAUAAUGAUAUUCGUCGGAAGAAUCUCUCACAAAGAAUGGCAGAAUCCAGUUCCAUGUAUAGAGCAACCCGAAGAGCUGAGUAAUCAGUUCAGCUUUGCUAAUUCCGUGUGGCUAAUUAUUGGAUCAGUAAUGCAACAGGGAUCUGAAAUCGCCCCGAUAGCUUUAGCACCAAGAAUGAUAACAAGUGUAUGGUGGUUUUUUACGAUGGUUAUAGUUGCAUCAUACGUUGGAACCCUUGUGGCCUUUCUAACAGUUGAAAAGAAUGUUCUACCUUUUGAAACCUUAGAGGAACUCUCCAAGCACAAGUCAAUUUCAUAUGGAGCCAAAAGCAUUGGAUCAACCAUAGACUUUUUUAAGAAUUCACCUAACCCUCAACUCAUGAAUAUGUACAAAAAAAUGGUUGAUAAUAAUUGGUUAGUUCCAACUAACGACAUCGGGGUGGCAAAAGCUGAAAAUGAAACGUACGCUUUUUUUAUGGAAUCGACUUCAUUGGAAUACUAUAAAGAACGGCAUUGCGACUUACUUCAAAUAGGAGACCUUCUUGAUUCAAAAAGUUAUGGUAUCGGUAUGAAAAAAGGAUCUCCAUAUAAGAAAUAUAUAGACUAUGGUCUACUUAAGUUGAAAGAGACAGGGGAUAUUCAAAAGCUUAAAAAUAUUUGGUGGAAAGAGAAACGAGGAGGUGGUAAAUGUGGGAUUAAACGUGACGAAGAUCAAAAACAACUAGGAUUGAAGAAUAUGUUGGGUGCAUUCGUGGUCCUAGGCUGCGGCUGCUUGAUUGGUCUAUUCAUAUCCAUUAUCGACAUGUUAUGGGGUGUAUUCAAACGUUCCGUGAAAUAUAGUACAACAUUCAAAUACGAGCUAAUCGAAGAGUUGAAGUUCGCCCUGAAAUUUAGCGGCGACAUCAAACCGGUGAAGCGGCCUCCGAAGGACGAUGGGAGCGCGGAAACGCUGGCGGAGGCUGAGAAAAAGGACGAAGUGAGGUCUUUGCGCUCGUUACGGUCGGGAAGGUCGACGGACACCCACAGAACUCAUCGGUCGCAUAGCUCUAGACACUCCUCCAGAAGUUUGAGUGUUGCUUUCGCCAAACGUCGCGAAUACAGU